AUGGCUAGCAGAUUCACCUCCACCGUCAAAGCUUCUCACCAAGAAGAGGAGGAACUUCUCAAGCAACAACGUUCUAGACGUCCUGUCCUGCCUCAUCUUACCAUCUACCAGCCUCAGCUCACAGCUAUUUUGUCCUCUUUCCACAGAAUCACUGGUGUGGCUAUGGGAGGUGCUUUCUAUGCGCUUACAAUUUCCUACGCUGCCACCUCUCUUUUAAGCAUUCCAUUUGACUCUGCUGCCAUUGUUUCCACUGUUGCUGCUCUUCCUGUUGCUGUUAAGGUUCUUGGAAAGGCUGCUAUGGCUUAUCCUUUCGUGUUCCACGCUGCCAACGGUGUCAGACAUCUUAUCUGGGACUUUGGUAAGGAAUUGACCAUUCCUGGUGUGUACAGAACUGGUUACGCUGUUUUGGCCGCUACUGCCGUUGUUGGCUCUUACUUCUUGUUGUGGUAA